CGCUGUAAAUGUCAAAACCGAAAAACAUACCUAUGAUGCAAAACUCUAAAUAAAGCUAUUACUCAAUAAAAAUCGUGAAAAUGAAUAAAGUAUCAGAAUUCGAAAUAGCCCCCUUAAGGACUUUGGACGAUUUUCUGUUAGAAUCAGCCCGAUUUCAAAUUCCGAACGUGAACGACUUGGAAAAAUGGGGUAAAAGAGUCUCAAGUAACUUGCUCUACUACCAAAGCAACUACUUCUUAAUGUCACUAACAAUCUUCGUUAUUGUGGGUGUCAUCCACCCCACAAAAAUGGCCUGUGGCUUCGUAGUCACUGCAGUCAUUUUCAUGGUGUUUUCCUACAUCACCAACGAACGCUUCGCUGCAGCUCAAUUCAAGAAGAAACACCCGAUUAUCUCACUUUUGCUCAUAUUAUCGGGCUGCUACUUCGUAGCCUACAUGCUUAAAUCCCUCCUGGUUUUCAUGUUUGGGAUUUUACUCCCAAUUUCAGCCACCUUCAUCCACGCGUCUCUGCGACUCAGAAACAUCAAAAAUAAAAUCGUCAAUCGCGUUGAAAAUCUGGGCCUGAAACGGACCCCCAUGGGGAUUUUUCUUGAGCAACUCGGGCUGGAUCAAGAGGGAUUCUAACUACCGCGCUAACACUAUAUUUAAGUGCUUCAACAAACUUAAAGUUUUAUUGAGAAAAUUAUUCGGAAAGAAAAAUGCACACAAAAAGUGAUUUUUCUCACGCACCCUAGGCUAUUUUUUCAAUUGCAUGCAGUAGUGAGAAAAAAAUAUAUAAUUAUUACUAUAUUGUUACAAUUAUCCAAGAUUGUUUUAAUGUGAUAUUCUUAUUUUUAUGUAUUGUUUGAUAUUGCAUAAAGCUGUAUUCCUAA